AAAAUUUUAAAGUCAAAUAAAUUUUACUUAAAUUAAUUCAUUAAAACGUAACUGUGAGCUAUUUUCGUACACCUUCGUUUUGAAGUUACAAGGUUCAAACUCCGGAAAAUACCAUCUUUAAAUAAUGUAUUAUGAAUUACAUUUAAUAUAUUAGGAAAAUUUUAAAUUCUGCAAACCAAGAAAUGUUGCGAGCAAUUUCUUUUAACUUUUAACACAAGUAGCAAGCAGGUUUGUAUAUGAAUUAACCUUCAAGUUAUGGGUUUCAAAUUAUCGGUUUUUCAAAUUACUUCAUCUUAGUUGUCAAAAGGAAAAGGUUCAUUUUCAAACGACUGCCUUGAUCAAGUAUGUAUAUCUCUUAUGUAUGUGGGCACGAAUACUUAAUAGAUAAACAAAAAAGAAAUUUAAGUUGUAUGAUAUAUUUAUACAUAAUAUGUACAUAUGUAUAUGCAUACACAAUGUGUGCAAAGAGUUGACGUGAUUUUGGUUUUCAGCAUUUAUUUUUUACUUUUAUUUAUUCUCACUAUGUUGAAUGUUAAUAUUGAGUUGACUUCAUUUGUUGCUUGUUUACUAUUGAUUCUCUCAUUUUAGCGAUUUUAAUAGGCUUCUGUUUUACAGAAUAUGUUUUUUUAGCACUUUAUUAGAUUAGUAUUAAUUUUGCAUUACUCGGUUUAAGAAGUUUUUGUCACCGCUUUACGUGUUCGGUAUAUGUAUAAUAAAACAAUUUAAUAAUUUUAGAAUUAUUUAUUUAAAUAAUUUUUUAAAAAUUUUAUAUAUUUUUUAACAUAAUUAAUGUUAAAAAAUGUCAAAAUUAAGGAAUACUCGGAAUGAUGAACAUAGUGUUGCUGUAGAAUUAGAACCUAUAAUGGCUUCUCCAAGAAAUCUUAUGAAUAUAUUACCAGCAAGAUCCAGAACUGGACGUGAUUUGGAUGUAGCUAUAACAGAUGCUGAAACAGUGAAUAUACCAAUAAAUCCAUCAGCAGCACCACGGGCUAGACCAGAAUUUGAAGAAGAUGAUGAGGAAAAUAAUGAAAACGAUGGAAGUGAUAAAUUACCAGUUCCAAAAAAUAAUGAUGGCGGUAUUGAUGACGGUUUUUUAACUGGUAAUGAUAAUGAAACAGGUUUCGAUAACAAUCCGGGUUCUAAUUUACCGCCACCAAAUGGUUUAAUACCAAGACGUAGACCAAGUUUAAACCCAUUUCCAUUCGCACCUGAUUUUGAUCCAAAUGUUACAAGUAUUGGUGCACCAAGUGGUGUUGAUACGCCAAUACCUGAUGUUAACAUUUAUCAGCAUAAAAAAACAUUGGCACAGGGUAUGAUGGAUUUAGCUUUGUUAUCCGCCAAUGCAAACCAAUUACGUUAUGUUUUGGAAUCAUACAAUCGUCAUCCAUAUUAUUAUACAAGUUUAACAUUUAUCUCAAUUAGUAUAAUAUUUCAAAUAGCUGUUGGUAUUGGUUUAAUAUUAAAUAGUCGCUACAAUGUCAAAAAUGAAAAGGAUAUGUGUAGAGCAAAUAAAAUUAACAAUUUUACUGUUGUUGGUAUUUUUAUUGUCACAACCGUAAAUGUAUUUAUUUCGGCAUUCGGUGUUGCAAAUCCUCCACCCGAUAUGAAUGGUUAACGUUAUAAAUUUUUUUUAAUUCAAAUAUGUAGUAUGUAUAUUUUAAUUUGUAUCUUUGUAUUAAAAUUAGUUUAAAAAAAAAAGGAAAAACGAAUUUGUUAUAUUUGUACGGAUACGUUUAAGAAAAAAAAUAAGUUUUCAAAAAAGUUUUAUUAAAAAAUAUAGCUAUUUUGUAUAAGAAUAAAUAUAAAGUUUUAUUACAUAUACUAUACAGUGCAAGGCAUUUCAAUUAACGAUGAGAAGGGUUUGGAAAAAAGGGUUACAGAACUAAUUUCUUUAUGAUUGGUUUUAUUUAGAACGAACGAUAUUAAUAAAAAAGAUUAAAAAAAUGUUUGUGUACUUUAACUGAAAAUUAGUUUCGGCAUAAUACCAAAAAUUACUAAUAAAAUGCAAAC